GGUCAAGAUGACUAUGGUAAAUAGUUAUCCUGAAAGGAUGAAUUUAUCGUUCUCGGGAUGUGGAUUUCUUUGCAUAUAUCACGCGGGAGUUGCUGCUGCCAUAAAAGAAUAUGCACCUAAUCUUAUUCAAAAUAAAAUCUCUGGAGCAUCAGCAGGAGCUAUCAUAGCGGCUACUUUAGUCACAGAUGUUUGCGUAUCACAAGUAACCAGCACUAUUUUGAAGAUCGUUAGUCAGGCACGGUCACGAGCUCUAGGGCCUUUGCAUCCUGAAUUUAACCUUCUUGGUUUGGUUCGAGCUGAAAUACAACGUUAUCUGCCUCCAGAUGCAUACAAAAGAUGCACUGGCCGCUUGCAGGUGUCUUUAACUAGAUGGAGCGAUAGCAAAAAUGUCGUUGUUACGGAGUUCGCCUCUAACGAAGAGUUGGUAGAUGUGAUUAUCUGCAGUUGUUUCAUUCCCGUGUAUUGCGGUGUUACGCCACCGACAUAUCGAGGAGAAGCGUAUAUCGACGGUGGUUUCACCGAUAAUCAGCCGUCUUACGAUGAUCACACAGUGACAGUUAGCCCGUUUUGUGGCGAAUCGGAUAUCUGUCCGCCUGAUUGGGACAGCGCAAGUUUCUUCGGCUUUUCCUUCUCGAAUACCUCGAUCAGAUUCACAACACGUAAUCUCUUCCGGUUAACAGCUUGUUUGAUGCCUCCAUCGACAGAAGAUUGCUCCAAAAUGUGUCUUCAGGGAUUUGAGGAUGGCCUUCGAUUUCUUACAAAAAAUGCAAUGGCUCCGUGUAUCCGCUGCUUAACAGUUCAGACUGACCUAGAAAAAGCCGAUUGUUGUAGUCCUACCGAA